AUGUCGACGUCUGCCUCGUCGUCUGCCACCGGCGACGACGACGACGACAGCGGCAGCACGUCGACCAUCACCGCCGAGACGACUACCGGGCGGCACGAGCUCAAGGGCGAGAGCUACACCCGAACCAAGGGCGGCGUCGGCAAGUUCAUCGACUCCGUCACGUUCCGCGUCGGAGGGCACAGCUGGUACAUCAGGUACUACCCUGACGGUAACCGCGACGAGAGCGCCGACUGGAUAUCUGUCUACCUCUACCUCGACGGUGCUGGCAGCGAAGAUGACGGCGGCGGCGUCAAGGCGAGGUACAAGUUCAGUCUGUUCCGCGACGCCGCUGCCGCCGGUGACGGUGAGGCGCCGCCGGUGCUAAUCCACACCAGAACCGCCAGCAACUACUCGUUCUGGAGCGCAGACCAGCACCGCCGGGGCUACUGCCGGUUCAUCAAAGCGACGGACAUGGAGGAGGCCACGAAAGGCGGCGGCUUUUGCAUCAGAUGCGACGUCGCCGUCAUGAAGGAGACCUGCGUCGAGACCACCAUGGCCGACUCUGUCACGGUGCCGGCAUCGGAGCUGAACCAGCACCUCGGCGCCCUUCUGGACAGCAAGGUGGGUGGGGACGUGACGUUCGACGUCGGCGGCGAGCAGUUCACGGCGCACCGGUACGUGCUCGCUGCCCGGUCCUCGGUCCUCAUGGCUGAGCUCUUCGGCCCGAUGAAGGAGAACACCAUGUCCAGCAUACAGAUCGAUGACGUGGAGCCGAGAGUGUUCAGAGCUCUGCUCCACUUCAUCUACACCGACUCGCUGCCGGAGAUCGAUGGCGAGGACGAGCCAGGGAUGGCGCAACAUCUGCUGGUGGCGGCGGACAAGUACGGCAUGCAGAGGCUGAAGCUGAUGUGCGAGGCAAUGCUGCUCAAACACAUUGACACAAGCGUCCUGGCUACCACGCUAACGUUGGCUGAGCAGCAUGAUUGCCAGGGGCUCAAGGAUGGCUGCUUCAAAUUCCUGAGAUCUCCUGGCAAUACCAAGGCUGUUGUGGAGAGUGAUGGCUUUCAGCAUCUAAGGAGCAGCUGUCCUUCUCUUAUUGAGGAGAUGCUUGUGAAGGUUGCUCCAUGAUGUCUUCAACUUGAAGGAGGCAUAAGGUCCUUGUUACACAUGUAUCUAGUACUGUCAGCUCUUUCUCUCAAACGAAGUACUAUCUGGUCUUAAUCUGCAAAUUUUCACUUGUUUUAAAGCAUCAUGUUGCCGGUCGCUGCAUUUUUUUUUGCUGGGAAAUACUUGCUUCGUGGCUGCUUGGCUCGUCA